UACGUAUUGUAGUGUAUCGCUCGUGUCAAUAAAAGACCCUGCACUAUCGUUGACGAUAAUACCAUGUUACUGAACGUGGUUGUUACACUCUGUUUCUGAAUUAAGUCACGUACGAUAGUAGGCCUGGUAGGGUGUAUGUACGGACGACAAGACUUGUCGCGUAAACCUGCAUUGCCACCUUCGACGUGUUGUCCAAACUAACAGGGAUAUCAAUAAAGAUUGAGGGUGGAUAAUAGUUUUCCCGCGCGGUGCCUUGCCACGUAUUGAAAAAUCUACUUAAGCAAAUAGAUCUCGCGAUCCUAAUAAGAUAGACACUAUGGCCAAUGUCCACGGUUCCGUUAAGCUGAAAAACAGACCGGUAGUUCGAUCCAUGGAGAAUAUAUUUCAGGUCGGAUGCUAUGACUUAUACAAAACAGUUGGGAAGGGUAACUUCGCAAUUGUAAAGGUCGGACGGCACCGUCUCACCAAGGAACAGGUGGCCAUUAAACUGAUAGAUAAAACAAAAAUGGAUGCGGUGAGCCUAAGGAAGAUCCACAGAGAAGUGAAAAUUCUUAAACUUUUGAAUCACGCGCACGUGAUUCGUUUAUAUCAGGUGAUGGAUUCUCCUGACAUUCUUUACCUGGUAAUGGAAUAUGCGUCCGGCGGUGAAGUGUUUGAUCAUCUAGUGGCACAUGGUCGCAUGAAGGAACCAGAAGCGCGGCGCAAAUUUCAUCAGAUCGUCUCUGCGGUGCAAUAUUGCCAUGAUCGUCGAGUAGUCCACAGAGAUCUAAAAGCCGAGAAUCUACUUCUGGAUGCGAACUUCAACAUCAAGAUUGCGGAUUUUGGAUUCAGCAACUGUUUUCGACCGGAGACUCACCUGAGCACAUGGUGCGGGAGCCCGCCGUAUGCGGCACCGGAACUAUUCGAAGGGAGAGAAUAUUCUGGUCCGGGUGUAGAUAUCUGGUCUCUAGGCGUGGUUCUGUAUGUACUGGUGUGUGGGGCACUGCCGUUUGACGGAGCAUCGCUUCAGGAGCUCCGGAUGCGCAUAUUGGAUGGGGUAUUCAAGAUACCGUUCUACCUUUCCUCCGAGUGCGAAUUGCUGAUCAAGAAAAUGCUGGUUCGAGACCCGAAAAAGCGCAUCAGUCUCAAAGGCAUUCUGGCGCACGAUUGGAUGAAUAGCGGCAAUGCGAUCGAAUCUGUGAUGCAGAAGGAGGUCUCAUAUACUCCAUCGGCGAAUGGUGUACCGGGCCAAUACGUCGAGGCGGUGCUAAGUCAGAUGGAAGAGCUCGGCAUGUCGCGUCAAGAUACUAUACACUCGCUUGAGGUCGAUGCGUACGACAACUAUUCCGCGACGUACUUUCUCAUGGUUGAGCGACACAGGAGAAAACUAGCACAGUUGAAAGUGGAACGGGAGCGCUUGGCCAAACAGAAGGAAGAGAGUCAAACCAACACGAGCCAAAAGUGGGCCACGCACUACACGUCUAGCACGCACAAACCAUUCCAGUCAGCAUCUGAAGCUAUUCUGGAGACCAACAGCCUGAGCAGUGUGAGCCAGAAACCACCAUCACCAUCCGACAUGGACACCUUGCCCCAACGGCAACCAUCUGAUGUGAAGAACGAAUUCAACCACAUCCAACCGCCUCAGUAUCAAAUGCAAACGGAUACGGAAACGCAGCAUGAAAUAAAGCCAACGCUACCAACUAAUCGAAUACUCAAGCAUCGACAUUCGGUUUCUGCGGUGCGGACGUCACCGCCCGAACUCGACGAAUUAGAAAUGCACUCUGCCACGGAAGAGAUGUCAGCGACAGAGAGCGAUAUUGAAGAGGAAACGGGUCGGUUUGAUGGGAUAUCUGAUAUCAGCGGCAGCAGCGAUGAAUCUGUCGCUGAUACCGCAAUGUGCACGGACCAAACUGUCAAGCGAAUGUAUUCUUUGCCGGUUGCAUUCACUUCACAAGGGGGCUCGCACUCAGGUCAAACGAAUACGAAUGCCAGCCCUUAUCAGCCUCUUGGGUUUUUGAGUACCGGCAAUCAGGGCCAAAUAUUAGGUAAGGUUAAUCCGAUGAUACCCACACCAAACAGCCCGAACAGUACGAGACCAUGGGGCCCCGAGGCUCCACGCAGCGACAGUACAGAAGGAUUGCCUUUCUACAGGAAAAAGUCGACUCCGGUCUCCAGUAGCACGGGUCUGGACCACAUACAAGAGCACUAUCAGGAAACUAGCGAGAACAACUGCUUUACGGUUCCCGUACGAAAUAGAUGUUCAUCUGCGGAGCCGGUGCUUCCGUACGACCACACAGGUGUACAUCCCAACCCAAAACUGCAACACAAUAACAACCAUCCUAGGAUGCAGCCUCGAGGCGAACAGAAGUAUGUGCAUAAGAAUAGUAGUCCUAUGGGCCAGCAUCGAAUGCCUAAGUUGACGGUGAUGCAAACCAGACCACGCACGCCUUCCAAGCUUGCUUUAACCAGCCCAACAACCACAUACGGGUACAAAACGCAGCAAAGUCGACAAUUCCAGCAGUACACGCAACAACAGGGAUAUGGAGCGGUGAGCGAGAGCGGUGUAGAUCAACCAGCAGAGCUCAUGCUUCCAUCUUCCACCGAUAGUCUGAACACGCAAGUUGAGGCGUGUACCGUCUCGCAGGAACGGUCCAACCAAAUACCCAUCAACAGCCGUACUGACAGUACACAACAGCACGUGUCACAGGUGUCAUACACGACCGCUCCGAACAGUUUGCCGUCCAACACAAUGUCCGCGUCGUCGUUCGGCGCCUCGGUCGCUUAUCCCAGAGCCCAGGUACAGAGUGUGCUGAGGCAGCAGAACCGGCAACCACAGCAACACGGCCCCUAUGCUCAACACCCCAGUCACCCACCGCGGCCCCACAGCGUGAAUUCGGAGACGCGACCAGGGUCUGCGAACAAUUGGGUGUCGAAUCCUGUGGGCAGGCAAGAGAGCUGGCUAAACGGGUCCGGGCCUGCGUACUAUGGUGGUCAUGACAACGGCGAGAUAUUCGAGGGCCAGCACUCACCACCGGAACAGAAGACCUCAUUCGGGAGGCGACAUACUGUUCAGAAUGAAAGCGAUGCGAAGGGCGAGAAGCUGAUGCUGCUGAAGAGCCAUGGGGCACAAGAGGAUGGCGCGGAUAAAUACAUGACAGAGCCCCGAAUAAUGCGCUUGGCCGUGUCGUGUGAUAUGACUUCGUGCAAGCCGGUCAAGAUGAUUGCGAGAGAGAUUCGGAGGGUACUAACCGAAAAGCGGUGCACAUUCGAUCAAAACAAUUACAUGUUCGAGGUUACAUACCAAACCGUGCAGUUCGAAGCGGAAGUAUGCCAAUUGGCCGGGCUCUCAGUGAACGGGGUACGGCUUAAGCGUAUCUCAGGAAGCACAUGGGACUAUAAAGAAGUCUGCGAGGAGCUUGUUGCCUGUUUAAGAAUAUAAUACUUUUCACAGCCAGCAAUAUAUCAGGGAGCCGACUGUACCAAAAUAACUUCUGGAAUAAAAAUGCAA